AUGUCGACCACUUCGAGUAACGUUGGAUCUCGAAACACCUCAGGUUCCAGUGGUGCCAGAGCGCCCACGACGGAGGAACUGAUGGGGAUGAUUGGUCAACUCCAAGGCCACAUACAGACGCUAGAAGGGCGUUUGGCAGUAAAGUCAAUCAAGGUCAGACCGCCAGAGACCUUUGACGGAACUAGAUCCAAGCUACGAGCCUUCACGACUCAGCUGGAUUUAUACCUUCGAAUGAACCAUAAGAAGUUAGCACACGAAGCAGAUAAAGUUUUCUUCGCGUCAACCUACCUCACGGGGCCAGCAUUCGAUUGGUUUGAACCCUACAUUAGGGAUUAUCAAGAACAACCUGUCGACAAACAAGAUGACGACACAAAAGAGAUAUUCGCCAGCUACGACGACUUCAAAAGACGACUCCAAGGAACGUUCGGAGAUAUCGAUGCGACAAGAAACGCCGAAAGAAAGCUGUGGCGACUCAGACAAACUGGAUCGGUCAGCAAACUAGCAUCAGACUUUCAACAGAUUAUCUCACACCUAGACUGGGAUGAGGAUUCUUAUAUCGCAAAGUUCGAGGAAAUACUGAAACCAGAGAUCCAGGAGAAGUUGAUUUGGAUGGAAAAACCAAACUCACUCAGCAAAAUGAUAGAGCAAGCAGUCAAAAUCGAUAACAAGCUUUACGAUUUUAAUGCUCGACGAAAAGAAAAUCGGUCCGGAAUACGAUUCCAAGGACACCAGAAAACAAAUAGCUAUCGAGCCAACGACAGACAAACAGCGCAACCAAGAAGCCAAGGAUACAGUGAUCCUUAUAGGCUACAGCCUAUGGAGCUAGACGCUACCGAAAGACGAUCGCAAGACAAAAGCGAUUAUCCACGAAUUCCCGACGACGUGGAAGGGGCCACAAGGAGAUUAGCGAAUUCUCUACAGAUAUUCAGCGAAGCAACUGAGACGCUUCUGAACGCGACACGCUAUGACGAGAAUUGGGAAGAAAGACAGUUUCAAGACCCAGAGAUAUCCGAUAGCGAAGACUCAGAACACUGGCCUAUAGAUGACGAGACGGAUGAGUCUCCUAAAACCAUCAGACAGGAUGCCCAUGCAGGAAACCAGGGUGCGCUUGCAUUGGAUACUCCAUGCACCCAGAUCACGGGAGAAGACAUUGGACAGGAUGUUGGGAAGACUAUUGUUAAGUUCACUAUGACGCGAAGCUUGGACAACAUUUCCUACGACAGCUAUAAGGUUCUGAAUCAGAACGCUCGAGUCAUGGUAGACUCUGGAACAACGGGCAACUUCAUGGAUCCAAGAUUUCAGGAACAGCUGAAGAUCUUAGGGAUAACAAAGGCUACGCCAGAGCCUAUUACAGGACUGAACGCAUCAUUCCAGCGAUUUAUUAACGAAGUUUUGGGAGAAUUGCUCGACACCUUUGUCAUCGCGUACCUAGACGAUAUUCUGGUAUUUUCGAAUAACGAAGAAGAGCACAUUCGACACGUAAAACAAGUGCUACGGAAGCUACGCAUUGCUAAAUUACGAUUGAAACUCAAGAAGUGUGAGUUCUAUAUUCAAGAGACAGAGUUCUUAGGACACUGGAUCACUACCGAAGGAGUACACAUGGAAAGAAGCAAAGUCCAGGCAAUCAGAGAUUGGCCUGUACCCAAAAGCCUGAAAGAAGUCCAACAGUUUACUGGAUUGAUCAACUAUUAUCGGAAGUUUAUCGAUGGAUACACCAAAUCCAUGGCACAGCAAGUUUUCGACGACGUAAAACGGAAAAUUACGACCGUACCAAUCCUAGUACAGUACGAUCCAGAGAAGCUAACUACGAUCGAAACCGACGUAUCCAACUAUGCUAUCGGUAUGAGAAUGACACAACUAGAUAAAAACGGCAGAGCCAAACCAAUUGCGUUCCAUUCACGAAAGCUUAUUCAGGCAGAAAUGAACUACGACAUUCACGACAAAGAAUUGCUAGCCAUAGUGACAGCAUUCAAAGUAUGGAGAGUGUACCUGGAAGGAGCUCAGCACCAAAUUCUAGUGAAAACGGAUUACAAGAACCUUACGUUCUUUACUACGACCAAAGAAUUGACCAGAAGACAAGCGAGAUGGUCAGAAAAGUUAUCACAGUUUAAUUUUAGAAUCGAACAUUGCAAAGGAACAGAAAACGGACAAGCAGACGCGCUUAGUCGAUAA